CACGCGGAUCAACUUUUCCCAUAAAGGAAGUUGUUUUGUCCUGAUUUCGGCUGAAAUGUUCUUUUCAGAAAAAAAGGAUAAAGCGCAUUUAGACCCGUGCAAUUUUGCCUGUUAGCAAACAGCCUCCCAAUUAUGUUGCGUUUGAUUGCCUGCCUCCAUCAAGGUGAGCGAUUAGACCUGCGCUCCUGUGAAGCUCUGGAAGCCGUCCUCAAAUCGCUGCACUUUGAUUUCAUCAAUCUGCAGGCAGCUCAACUGGAAGAAAAUGGAGCAUCGUCCUUGCUGGAGAUGAUUCUGUACUAUGAAUCUACAACCCAUCUUGACAUUUCUGACAACGGCAGUAUGGGAACAUGGUGUUGGAGGGCCCUCGCUCAUUUGAUAAAGCAGAGUGUGCGUCUGUCCAGACUGGACGUGUGUAACGUGCCCGUGGUGGACUACCCAGCCCGGUCCCUCUCCAAAGCUCUGCUGACCAGCAGGCUCACAGUGCUGCACCUCCACAACGCCCAGCUCAGCGGCAUGCCCCUCUACACACUGGUUGGUGCACUGAAGUCAAACAAGGCCUUGCAAGAACUCCACCUUACCAACAACCUGCUGAACAGCUACCACGAUGCCCUGCAUCUAGGAGACCUGCUGCGCUACAACACCACUUUACACACGUUGGACCUAAGCAGCAAUGUUGUAGCAGAUUCUGGUCUGGAAGAGUUGUGUGAUGGUCUGAGGUUGCAAACGGCAGGUCUCAGGGUCCUACUGCUGAGGAACAACCAGAUCAGUGCAAAUGGAAUGGUCCAUCUGGCCAGCGCCCUGCCCGUGCUGAAGGUCCUGCAGGUCCUGGAUUUGGGGGGAAACCUGCUGGGGAACGAGGGGAUGCAGGUAAUCAGGGAGCCUCUGAUGGCGAACUGCUCGCUGCUGGAGCUCGGCUUGGCUCGGGCCAAUGUCACGUGUGAAGGUGCUGUGGCAUUGGCAGAGUUCCUUGCAGAGAGUCGUCAGAUUCUGCGGCUGGACCUCCGUCAGAAUGAAGUAAAGCUUGGCGGCCUGAUGGCUUUGUGCCUAGCCUUGAGGAUCAACCGGUCUCUUGCUUGCCUGGAUGUGGACCACAUACCCCCGCAGGAGCAGAGUAACCCGGUUCUACUACUAAACACGCGCAGACACUUUCACACCCUGCUCAGUUUCCGCAACGUGCUGCAACUUCUGUGA